AACAGAGCCCAGUAUGGGUGAAGGGUUGGUCCCCUUACCCCUCCCCUGGGUGCAGGUAUAAAAGCAGGCCCACUAAUGUUGCCGUGCGCUCUGCCUGUCUUUUUCAACAACCGCUACCAUGACGUUUGUCGCACCUCCCGGAUACCAGCCCAUCUACAGUCCUAGAAUUCCCUAUACAGGGCCGAUCUACGGAGGUCUGAGGAAUGGUAUGUCCAUCUACUUCCAGGGACGCGUCGACGAGCAAACCACCAGGUUCCAUGUGAUGCUGCAGUGCGGGGAAGCAGAGAACAGUGACAUUGCACUCUUCUUCAACCCACGCUUCGAUGGCUGGGACAAGGUGGUGUUCAACUCCCGCCAGGGGGACAACUGGGACUCUGAGGAACACACCCGGGACAUGCCCUUCGUCCUGGGCGAGGCCUUCGAGAUGGUCAUCAUGGUUACUGCCGAGGGAUACCAGUUGAAGGUGAAUGGGCGAGAGUUUUUCACUCUGCCCCACCGCAUCCCUCUGGAGCGUGUCUGUUCCAUGAACAUCUCUGGGGACGUGUCUAUCCAGACCAUAAACAUCAUUGGGGGUGGUCAGGGUGGCUACCCUGGAGGUCAAGGAGGGUACCCUGGAGGUCAAGGAGGGUACCCUGGAGGUCAAGGAGGGUACCCCGGCGGUCAAGGAGGGUACCCUGGAGGUCAAGGAGGCUACCCCGGUGGUGAGGGCGGGUACCCCGGUGGUCAGGGCGGGUACCCCGGUGGUCAGGGCGGAUACCCCGGUGGUGAGGGUGGAUACCCCGGUGGUCAGGGCGGGUACCCCGGUGGUGAGGGUGGAUACCCCGGUGGGCAGGGCGGGUACCCCGGAGGUCAAGGAGGGAUGGGGGGUGGAGGCUUCCCAGGAUCUCACCUGCCGGGUAUGGGUGGCCAACCAGAGUACAAUCCUACUAUUCCCUUCAACACCAUGAUCCCAGGAGGGAUGUCUCCGAAGAGGACCAUCAUCAUCAGAGGCAUGAUACCCUACGGGGGAGACAGGUUGAGCAUCAACCUGAAGGCGAGCCGGUCGAGAGACAUUGCGUUCCACAUGAACCCCCGCGUGAGCGAGGGCGUCGUGGUGAGGAACUCCAUGAUGGACGGCGACUGGGGCCCGGAGGAGAGGGAGCUGACCGUCAGCCCCUUCAUGGAGGGACAGUACUUUGACAUGUCGAUUCGCUGCGGGAACCAGCGGUUCAAGGUGUUUGUCAACGGCCAGCAUCUGUUGAACUUCACCCACCGGCUGCAGCCCUUCACCCAGGUGGACAUGCUGGAGGUCGAGGGAGACGUGCAGAUCUCCUACAUCCACUUCUGAGGACACGACGACGGAUAAACACCGUGCAUGCGGGUCUAUAAUUGGUCGCUUGUGUGUUGGCGGUGGAUUUGAGAGCGAGGUGUCCCUGAAGAAGUGUAAGGACUGGUUAACGCGUUGCUGAUCAACCGACUGUCCCUCGGAUCAAUAGGAUAGAGGAGCAAUAACAAAUGCAAACACUGUAACUCAUGGCCACUGUAUUAUCGGAAAUAUGUCUGAUGUUUACCAUUUAGUUUGAUGCCAACGUUUUUAAAACACAAAUGCAAGGGGCCAUUACAGGAAC